CGCGCACACCGCUCUGACGCCAUCACCUUCCUUCUCCGGCCGGUAACAACCCCGCGUCCCGCUUCCCAACCGCCUCCCCCGCUUAAGAACCCAGCGCGCCGCAACUCCCGUCGUCCCGAGACCACGAGCCCCACCGGCCGACGAAGCGGGGAUCGCGAGCGCGCGGCCCGAGAGGAGCGGAGCGCGCUGAUUUGGUUCGAUCGUUGGGCGGCGAUCCGGUGGGAGGCGACAGACGACCAGCGGCCAUGUCGGGCGUGUUCGGCAGGGUGUUCGGAAAGUCCAGGGAGCAGAGCCAGGCCACCGCGUUGGCCUCGCUCGACAAGCUCAACGAGACUCUUGAAAUGUUAGAAAAGAAGGAAAAUUUGCUAGUUAAGAAGGCAAAUCUUGAGGUUGAGAAGGCCAAGAAUUUCACUAAAGCCAAGAACAAAAGAGCCGCAAUUCAGUGCUUGAAGAGGAAGAGGCUAUAUGAGCAACAGAUUGAGCAGCUUGGCAAUUUCCAGCUGAGGAUACAUGAUCAGAUGAUAAUGCUGGAAGCUGCAAAAGCUACAACAGAGACUGUGGAUGCAUUGAGAACUGGAGCAUCGGCAAUGAAAGCUAUGCACAAGUCAACAAAUAUUGAUGAUGUUGACAAAACGAUGGAUGAAAUUAAUGACAAUAUGGAUAACAUGAGACAAAUUCAGGAUCUACUGUCAACACCUAUGGGAGCAGCAGCUGAUUUUGAUGAGGAUGAACUGGAAGCUGAACUUGCGGAUUUGGAGGGGGAGGAGUUGGAGGCAGAGCUGCUUGCACCCACCACGGCAGCUCCUACCGCUCCAAUGCGUGUACCUACUGCUCAGCAGUCCACUCGGCCCUCUGCCCAGAGUAGUAAAACAGAAGAUGACGAGCUGGCCGCUCUACAGGCAGAAAUGGCUAUGUAAUUAGUUUACAGGCAUUGACGGUCAUGUUAGUCCAAAUUCUGCGAAUAUAUUGGAACUCUGGUAUGCUCGUGAAGAUCUUCCUAGGAAGAUGUCAGAACUACAGAUACAAGCUGCAUGUCACUCUGACCGCCUAUGUAUGAUACCAUGCUAUAUUACUGCUUUGUAAUCAAAUAUCUCAGAUGAGCUAUUGAACAGAUCAUCUUCUAAUAAAAGGUUUAUGUUAUUGUGUAUCGUA